UGCCGAAAUAGUUUUCACCGAACCAACCGCCCGCCAGAUCUUCAAAUGGGUGAUAACAUUUUUUGUCGUACUAUCCUGCGCAGGCUCAAUCAAUGGUGGGCUCUUUACAACGACCAGAAUGUUCUUCGUUGCCUCACGUGAUGGCCAUCUACCGGAAGUGAUGUCAAUGAUUCACAUAUACCGCAAAACACCUCUUCCUGCUUGUAUGCUCACGCUGCCAAUAUGUUUAGUUAUGCUAAUGAGUGACGUUAAAACUUUGAUUAAUUACUUGAGUUUUUCAAGAUGGCUGUUCAUCGCACUCACCACUGCUAUUAUUCCGUACUACCGCUACAAGUAUCCUCAUCUGCAUCGACCAUUUAAGGUUCCGAUGGUUCUGCCCUUCAUCUUCAUUCUCUGUUCGUUAUUUGUCGUCAUCGUAGCCCUUGUUAAUAAUCCGCUUGCGUGCGGCAUCGGCCUAGUCAUCAUGCUUCUCGGUAUACCGGUAUAUUUUGUCGGAAUAAAAUGGCGAGGAAAACCGAGAUUAUAUUACAAACUGCGUCGUUUAUUUACACAUUUCUUUCAAAAAAUAACGUUUGUAGUUGUACAGGAGAGACGAACAUACUGAGAAAAAAUAAUUGGUGAAUAAUUUACCUGAAGAGAACCCUGGUAUCGGGGCGGACGAAACAUUGAUGACGCGGCGGACAGCUAGUUGUAUGAUGGACCAUCAGUGCGAUUUUAGAAAACAUGUUAGACGCAGCCAUGUUGCAACUAAGAACGUGCAUUUGAGGGAUGAAUUUAGACCGCCUACAGUGCGAUUAUGCCCAUUAGUCCGAGCUGAGUGUUAUAAGAAGGAUGUGAUUUCUUUACUUGAUGGUUAACGCUGUUACAGAAAGAGAUAUGCUUAACAAAUAUAUAACGCAAUUAGUUUGAAUUGCCUAUAUUGCAUGAGGUCGAAUAUACACCUUGUUAUAUACCUUGACAGAUGAGGUUUAUUUACGAUUUAAAUAUCUUUAAAAAGAAAUUCCUAUAAAAAAAAUUGAAGAAUUUUAACUUGCUCAUUUUCCAAAAAAUGUUUUGUAGUUAUUAAGUGUUUCUUCUUGAAAUUAUCUCAUAUUCGAGGUUCGGGUGCUAGAAUUUUAGUGCUUUGAUGUGCUUGUUAAAAGCCGGGCACACAGCGCGUCGGGAGGCGGCCGUACGAGCAUGGGCUACGGAUGCAUCCUCGCUCUCUGUAGUGAGUUCCUUGAUGACGCGACACCAUCUGCUGACUAUUGCUGAUAAAAGCGAUUGUGCGAGCGUCGUCGCGUUGCGUUCUCUAUGAUGAAAUCACGUCGGCCGACGACAGUCGACUCAUGUGUGCCCGGCAUUAUUCGCAUUUGUGUCCACUCUGGUUUUAUAUUCAAAAUUGAGUUCCGCCUAUCUAUUGAUAAAUUCAUCAAAACGCUCCACACUGCAGGGUUACUGUCAUUUAUUAUAUGGAAGUUGUAUCGUAACUCAAACACCCAAUUUAUAACUUAUUAAUGAUGGUGUAGAUCAUUUGAUAAUUUUCAGCAUUUUUUUUAUAAAGUGGACUAAUAAUCUAGAGUGUGGUGGUAAAAAAAAAAGGAUGUCGGCACAGUACUGGUUUAUUAAUGAUUACAACAUUAUUAUGUUUUAGAUUUUGUUUUCUUAAUUCUAACAGUUUGAUAAAGAAUAUAUAGGCAUAGUCCAUUAGCUCAUAUACUCACAAAGUGUUUCUUCUAAAAUCAUUGUAUUGUUUAGUUUAAAAUUUAUACAAAUGUUUCUAGCCUAUGCAUUGAAGGUCUGUGUGCCAACAACAAUUUGGUAACUUCCUUAUUGUUCUAUGGUAUUUCGGUUUUAUAUUAUAUGAAAUAUACUUCACUGAGUACCAUC